AUGGACUUUAUGAAGGUUAUAAACGAGUUGGGUUAUGUAAAAAUCAAGGGCAUGUGGUAUCAUCACCCAAAAUUAUCAUUUGAGCGUGGGCUACGACCUUUUGACAGUGAUGCAGAUGUGUUGAAAUUUGGGGAAGAAAUGAAUGGCUACGAUAUUGGUAAUAUCUAUGUUGAGCAUGUAGUAGAUGAACCCGAAGUUUUAACAGAAGAAGAAGUAAGAGAGUAUGUUGAAGUACAUAUGGAAGAAGAAAAUGUGGAAGAGAGGGAAAAAGUAAAUGUGGAAGAGAGGGAAAAGGUAAAUAUGGAAGGGAGGGAAGAAGUAAAUAUGGAAGAGAGGGAAGAAAUAAAUGUGGAAGAGAGGGAAGAAAUAAAUGUGGAAGAGGGGGGAGAAGAAGUAAAUGAGGAUGAAAGUGAGGAAGACGAAGAUUUUGUGCAAGAUGAAAUAGAUGAUUUGGGGGAUAGUGAAUUUGAUGACUUAGUUGAGGAUGAUUGGGAUUGGACACACGAAGUACCAAGCCACACAUUUACGCAAGAAAACAACGAUGCAACCCAAGUCUCGUCAACCCAAGAACCAACCAAAGCAUCUGAUUUUCAAGAAGCCUAUGAUGUUGAAUCAGAUGAACUUGAUACUCCCCGAGGAAGUGAUGACGAUGGUGAUGAACCUACUUUUCCGAAGUUUAAAAUGCCCGAAAGUGGUGAUCAUGUGAGAUUUGAGCUUGGAAUGUCAUUUGCCUCAAAAAGUCUUAUUAGAGAGGCAGUGAAGUCAUUUGCAAUGGAAAAGAUAAAAAACCUACAUAUCACGAAAAACGAUAGGAAGCGAGUUGUUGUUAGGUGUGAUAAGGACUGUCCCUUUUACAUGAGAUUUAGUAAAAGGGUAGCGAACGAAUACUGGCAGUUGGUGAACAUGACUGAUGAUCACACUUGUCAUAGGACUGCUAAGAAUAGGCAAGCUACAACAGAAUGGCUGGCUAAGAAAUUUAUACCCCUCUUGAGACAUACACCUGAAAUGAGGCCAAAGGGUUUGGUUGCAGAGUCACUUGAAAAGUGGGGUGUGAAGUUGUCGUCGGCACAAGCAUACAGGGCCAAAACAAGAGCAUUGGAACUAAUACAUGGUGCUGAGACUGAGCAAUACGCAUAUUUGAGAAAUUAUGGUGAGGAGCUCAGAAGGUCUAAUCCUAAUACCACUGUGAUAAUCAAGUGUGGGAUGUCUGAUGUUGGACCUGUUUUUGAGAGGAUAUACAUUUGUCUAGAGGCCUGUAAAGCAGCAUUUGCAUAUACCUGUAGGCCUUUGAUUGGUCUUGAUGCAUGUUUUUUGAAGGGUGAGUACGGUGGUCAGCUAAUGGCGGCAGUGGGAAUGGAUGGGAACAAUCAAAUUUAUCCAAUUGCUUAUGCUGUGGUGGAAGCCGAGACAAGAGACUCAUGGAAGUGGUUUCUGGAUCUUUUAUUAGCAGAUCUGAACAACAUUUUUCCAAGGGAUUGGUACAGGCUGUGUGUUAAGCACUUGUACGGAAACUGGAAGAAGAAGUACCCUGGCGCACAUAUGAAAGAGUUACUAUGGCAAGCAGCUAGGGCAACUGUAGUUCCAGAUUGGGAAAGAGCCAUGAACAAGAUUGAACUUAUCGAUCCAGCUGCUUGUAAAGACAUGAAGGACAUUCCGGCUGCCAUGUGGAGUAGGUCUGCAUUCCGCACUUACAGUCAUUGUGAUUUGCAGGUAAAUAACAUGUGUGAGGCGUUCAACAUGGCUAUAUUGGAGUAUAGAGACAAGCCCAUCAUCACUUUACUCGAAGGUAUAAAGCAUUACAUUACAACAAGGAUAGUGAAGCAGAAAAAUCUCAUUACUCGAUUCAGAGGCAAUAUUUGUCCUAGGGUGGAACAAACUAUUGAAAGAUUAAAGAGGGAGGCUGGUGGUUGGACACCAACAUGGCACGGAGAUGAUGCUUUCAAUAUCUUUAGUGUGACCAAUGGUACGGACACUUACGAGGUGAACUUACAACUACAUCAUUGUGCUUGCCGUAAAUGGGCUCUAAGCGGCAUUCCAUGUGUUCACGCCAUUGGUUGUAUUUUACACAAAAAGGCUGACACAUUUCCUUUUGUGUCACAGUAUUAUAGGAAAACAAGUUUCAUGGAAACAUACUCUAAUAUUGUUCUACCUUCGAAUGGUCCAAGACUUUGGCCAACAACGGAAGGUGAACCAAUUAAUCCACCAGUCAUGAGGAGAGCUCCAGGACGACCCAAAAAGAAAAGAAACAAGUCUAAUGAUGAGCCCACUUCAAGCAAUGUGUUACCUAGAAUCUUGACAACUGUCAAGUGCAAAAGCUGUGGGAAUUUUGGGCACAAUUCAAGGAUGUGCAAGGGAAAGACAGCGGCGGAUCGACAGUUGCCCAAAGGAAGUAAUAAGACAAAGAAGCAGACGAAAGCAUCAACCUCAGGAAAUACCAAAACAAAGAAGCAAAAGAAGUCAUCAACCGAUGAAGCGCCUACUGUUUUGACACAAGGAUCGCAGGCGCCUCUAACACAAGAAACAACUAGAUAG